AUGAUGCUGUCCAAGAAUGCUAGACGCGAGAAGUUGAAGCUUCUCAAACAGGCCAGAGAACUCGGAAGAAAUGUCGAGCUUUCCGACCAAGAAGAAGAAGCAGGUGGGAUUUAUGAUGAAGUUGACGAAGACACCUUUAGACAACACAAACGUAACCAGAUGAUGAAUGAUGACUUCAUCGUGGACGAUGACGGCGAAGGCUACGUCGACAAUGGUGCCGAUGAGUGGGAUGAUACCACCAGGCCCAAUUAUUAUUCUGAUGAAGAAGAAGAUGUAGGCUCCAAAAGAAAGAGAACCAAGAAACCAGCCAAAGUCACCAAGACUUCUCAGAUUAAUAACUUCUUUAAACCCAAAGGGUUUGAAAUUGCAAGCAAGCCAAAACCAAAGGUCGUGGAGGCCGAUAUUGAUGAUAUUCUCAACGACUUCGACGACGUGGCGCCUGCUCCCAAGAAACCCAGAGUCAAUGUCUUUGGAAGCACUUCUUCAGUGAACAGAAAUAAGCCUGCUUCGAGAAACCCUUUCAACAGACCGGCUGCUACCUCCAGGAGAGCAGAGCCAACAACUGCUUCUGACGAUUCUUCAGAUGUGACCAUCAGCAUGAAUGACCAACCAUCGUCUCCGAUUAAAACUGCCGUUCAGGAAGACGUGGACACAUUUUCAAAGGAUACCGAUUCCAUUGGAGACAUAGACGAUGAGUCGGAUGAGGACGAUAUUAUUGUCGCAAGAAGGCCCAGAGCAUCUGCUGCCAACAGGCCUCAGAUUUCAAAUAUAUCCGCCAUGAAAGCUGAGCGCUUGUCUUCUCCAGUGAGAAACACCACCUCGAAUCCCGAUGUUAGUUACGUCGACAAAUUGAAUGAAGAGGAGGUGUUUGGAGGUGACAACAAAGACUCAUUCAAGAUGUUCUGGAUGGACCACUGUGAAGUCGAUAACAGUUUGAUUUUAUUUGGAAAAGUUCAAACCAGGUCCGGCCAGUUUGUUUCUGGAGCAGUCCAAAUUAACGGUUUAACCAGAGAGCUUUUCUUCCUACCCAGAAAAUAUAGAAAAGUUGGUGGUGAGGAUGACACAGAAGACGAGGUUAGCCCACAAGAUGUCCACGAAGAGAUCAUUCCCUUGUUGUUGGACAAGUAUAAGUUGGACACCAUUAGAGCCAAACCCGAAAAAAUGAAGUAUGCUUUUGAGUUGACCGGGGUUCCAAAAGAGUCCGACUACUUGAAGGUCUUAUUACCAUUCAAAACCCCAAAGAAUAAGCAUUUAAUUAUGCCUGCUGAUUUGGAGGGUGAAACGUUUAGCCAUGUGUUUGGAACUAAUUCUAAUAUUUUUGAAGCAUUUGUUGUGCAGAGGAACAUCAUGGGACCUUGUUGGUUAGAAAUAUCCAAAGGUGAUUUCAAUUCUAUAAGGAAUUCGACUCAUUGUCAAGUUGAAGUCUCGGUUGACUCACCAAACUAUAUCAAACCACUCAAUGAAAGAAACUUGCCUCCACCCAACUUAACUCUUAUGUCCAUUGCUAUUCAAACCGUCAUGAAUGCCAAACAAAACAAGCAAGAAGUUGCUUCUGUUUCUAUUGGAACAUACAGAAAUUUACCCCAAGAUGCACCUAUUGAUGAGAAUUUGAAACCAGAUAAUCUAGUAACCUUGGUAAGACCUGUGAAUGCUCCCACAUUUCCACCCGGUUUGAACCAGUUAGCUCAGAAACAAGGUCUUCAAUUGAGAACAUUCCCUAAUGAAAAGGCAUUAUUGAACUGUUUGUCAGGAAUGAUCAAAUCCCAAGAUCCUGAUAUAUUUAUUGGCCACAGAUUAGAAAACAUUUCUUUGGAUGUUUUGGUCCACAGGAUGUAUGAUUUGAAAGUUUCAACUUGGUCGAAUUUGGGUCGUAGAAACAGAAAAGCUUGGCCUGACAGAUUUGGUAAAGGUAAUGGUGGCUUCAAUAACAAUUUGCAGAUUAGAGAAGUAUUCCAUGGGAGGUUACUCUGUGACAUCGCCAACGAAUUGGGUCAAUCGUUAACCCCCAAGUGUCAAUCAUGGGACUUGCCUGAGAUGUACGACAUAGUCUGCCACAAAGAACAUUCGUUCUUGGAAGUCAACUACAACAAUAACAAAUUCUUUGAAGACACCAGUUUCUUGCUAAUGGCAUUGAACGAAAAUGCUUCUAGUUGUAAGAUUGCAGCAGAAAUAGCAUUUUCGAUUCAGAUUUUGUCAUUGUCGAAGCAGUUGACUAACCUUGCUGGUAACGCUUGGUCACAAACCUUGUAUGGUACCAGAGCUGGUAGAAAUGAGUACAUUUUGUUGCAUGAAUUCCACAAGAAUAAAUUCAUUUGCCCAGACAAAGAGGACAAGUACCACAAGAAUACAAGCUAUGCCCAACAAGCCAGAUUGGAAUCGACUGAAGAUGAUGCUACCAACGUUACUUCCAACAAGAAACCGAAAUUUCAAGGUGGUUUGGUGUUUGAACCUGAAAAAGGUCUUCACAAGAACUGUAUUUUGGUUAUGGAUUUCAACUCUUUGUACCCCAGUAUCAUUCAAGAAUUCAACAUUUGCUUUACUACAGUCGAAAGAGAAAGGUACAAUAUUACUCAUGAUGAAGACAAGGAUUUACCCCUGUUGCCUGAAAAUGACUUGCAACCCGGGGUAUUACCCAAGUUGUUGAAUACUUUAGUUAGCCGUCGUCGGGAGGUGAAAAAAUUGUUAAAGGAUCCUAAGAAUACUCCAGUUGAAAGAGCUCAAUAUGACAUCAAACAACAGGCUUUGAAGUUGACAGCCAACUCUAUGUAUGGUUGUUUGGGUUAUGUUAACUCCAGAUUCUAUGCUAAACCUUUAGCUAUGUUGGUUACCAAUAAGGGUAGAGAGAUUUUGAUGGAUACCCGACAAUUGGCCGAAUCCAUUGGUUUAAGAGUUGUGUACGGUGACACCGAUUCGGUUAUGAUUGACACCGGUGUCACUGAGUUGAAAGAAGCUAUCAAGACCGGAAACGAGUUCAAAGCCAAGGUUAAUGAAAGAUAUAAGAUUUUGGAAAUUGAUAUUGAUAACACUUAUAAAGCCAUUUUAUUGCAUGCUAAAAAGAAGUAUGCUGCUAUGGACAUUUCAUUCGACAAGAGAACAGGUAAGGAAGUUACCAAGUUGGAAGUCAAAGGUCUUGAUAUGAGACGUCGUGAAUAUUGCCAGUUGUCCAAGGACAUCUCAACGUUCAUCUUGAACAAGGUUUUGUUAGACGCUGAUUCUGAAAAGGCCUUAUCAGAGAUAUAUGAGUAUUUGGAACAAAUGGCCAAUAGAAUAAAGAACAAUGAGAUUCCUAUGGAUAAGUUCAAGAUUAAUACCAAAUUGUCAAAGGACCCAACGCAAUAUCCGAAUGCCAAAUCAAUGGCUCAAGUUCAAGUUGCCUUGAGAAUGAGAGAACAAGGAAAAGUUGUUAAAGCCGGAAGUGUUAUCACUUAUGUUGUUACUGCACCUGUCAAUGAAAGCGAUACCAGUUCAGCCGUUGAAAGAGCAAGAUCAUUCCAAGAGACCAUGAACAAAGCAGCGGGUUUGAGACCAGACCCUUCGUUUUACUUGGAAAAACAGAUUUUUGCCCCAGUUGAAAGAUUGUUGGAAAGAAUCGACGGCAUUGACAUGGUCAGAGUAGCCGGCUGCUUGUCCAUCGACACCUCGAAAUAUAUUCUUCGGGUCAAAAAUGGAGAUGUGUUAAAUGAUAUUGCCCCAAUUGAAUCGAGUAUCGGUGACUCCGAGAGGUUCAGAUCCGCUAGUCAUUUGCUUUUGAAGUGCAAGUGUGGACACCAAUUCAGAUUCGGAGGAAUCCAAGCUUCUCAUGCUUACAAGAUUACGUUCAAGGGUAUUGCUUGUAAUAAAUGUCAAUACACUUUUUCAGCCUUACGGAUCAACUCGCAACUUGAAACGGCACUCAGAAACCAUAUUUCUACAUACUAUGGUGGUUGGUUAGUAUGUGAUGAUGGUGCGUGUGGAAUUACAACCAGACAGAUUUCAGUAUAUGGGAAAAGAUGUAUUGGAAGCUCUGGAAAAGCCUACGGUUGUAAGGGUGUCAUGAGAUACAAGUACAGCGACAAAGCACUCUAUAACCAGUUGUUAUACUUUGAUGCAUUGUUUGACGUUGAUAAAGCCAAAAACAACAAAUUAAGACCUUUGUACGAUGGAGUAGAAGAUGGUAAAGUCCCAGCGGACAUCCCAGCUGCCACUCUCAAUGCUUUAACAGAGCAAAAUAGAGACUUGUUUGGUUCGUGUCAACAGGUCGUUCAGAAAUACUUGGAAGACUGUGGACGUCGUUAUGUCGAUAUGGGCUCGAUCUUCGACUUCAUGAAUGUGUCCAAGUUCUGA